AUGAAAAACCAUCUUCGAGGACGUGAAGAAGACGUUGUCGAUGACCUUCGGUUAACAGUCCUCCUUGUUCAAUCUCCAGUUCUCGUACCUCCGGAUGUUCAGAUGUCGAUAAGAAACGUUUCUGUCACUGCCACUGGUGAUGCGUUCAAGUGAGAAUCCGAAACCUCAGGCGAAUAAAGCCCUUGUUACAGCGAUUACUUCUUCUUCUUAUUCUUAUCACCCAGGCCCUGGAACUAGCAUCUCCGCUUGUUCAGAUGACAUCAGACGAUCUCAUUGCAUACGUGAGCAUUAUUAGCAUGAUUAGGGACGUUUUCGGCCCAGUUCUCUCACUGAAGACCGGUUUGAAUGCGCCAUUUUUAUCUAUGGUCCCCACUUAGUUACAGGGUAUGCAGGGAUAUUGACCGAAUGAGUAUCCACGAUAAAAAUGACAUACGUCACAGUGCUGACAAGGCGGUGACAGUGAUUUUGCCCUGGGCACCUGCUUCGGCAGCGUAGCGCGGUAUAGUAAGGUUGCUGAGAUCGCAUUGACUGAUUGAAAUGUGGGAGUGAUCUGGAUAACGAUGAAGUUGUGUUUGAAGUUGAUCAGCAUCUGGCACGUGCCAGUCAGCUCUCGGAGGGAAAUGUUGCAGCAGUUCCUUUUCAUCGUAGGCAGGAGACGUGUCCAACUAUCAGAAUCCCUGGUGACUGAGGACCGCAGACAAAUAUGAAACAUUAAAACUGGUUUUCAGCGAGAGAAUCGAGCCGAAAACGUCCAUGCUUGUGACUAACAAUGCUCACAUAUGUAAGGCAAUCGCCCAAUGGCAUCUGAACAGUUAGAGGCACGGGAAUUGAGGGUUGAACAAGGUCGACCACUGACCGAAGAUUUGCGAGAACGUCUUCGUUGUGUCGACAGAAGUAAUUUCACACGAGUUGAUCGGGGAGAUAAAGUUGGCUUAACAUUGUUGAGGAAAAUCCUGAACUGGGAUUGAGGUCAAAAGUGCUGAGGAUAUUCACGCAAGAACUGCUGACGGGAUAACUGGCACGUCUUUAGUAAGUAGGCGGUAGUUCAUAGAUUUGUUCAAUCUUUCCGGUGCCAAGAGAACAUAAAAUUAUAUAAAGAUAUCAUUAAAUUCAUCAUGCUCAUAAAAGAGUUUGGUUUCAAAGGCAAGAUAAAAAGAAAAGGAGGCAGUAGUCCGCCCACAAGUGAAAAGUUGCAUUUAAUUUAAAAUGAGAUCUGAUUCGGUUUCUGAAUCACAUAGUUCAUUCGACAUGGUUUAAAAGCCUUAAAAGGAGAGCACGAAGAAGAACGCCGAAGUGGAGAAGCUGCCAUUCUAUGUGAUUUAGACGGAAGAGCAGACUUAAUAUGUGGACUCGUAUGCCAGUUAGAAACGGCUGCUGAUCUGCAACCGAUAUCAAAUAAAUAAAUAAUUUAAUUAGAACCCAUAGGAGUACUUUAACGUUUUUUAAAAACGCAUUUUCUACCGAGUUUAAGAACUAGUGGACGAACACUGUACAGCCUUCAGUUUGUUAUGAAAAGCGGCUAGUGGACAGUGAAAACCCCUCCAAACUUCUUGGUUAGUUUUUAAGGUAAAAACUGUCAUUCAUGGGAAGGUGAAUAUGCGUGCCGGACAGGACCGACGUGUAGGCGGGAGUAUUUGAGGGUUCGGAACGUUUCCGCCAACGGAGGAUUUCUAAACCGGAUGAGGCUGUUCGCUGCAUAUGCGAUUGAAAGAUUUUCUAAAUGAAUGCAAAAACAGUCGUAAAGGUGGCGAACCAGGAGGAACCCACCAUGAUCGGCCACAGUCCGCUUAGACUCCAAGCGAGGAGGGGACAUAAAAGGCUGUGAGGAUCAUAGAAGCGCGGAGGAUGCGACCAUGAUACAUCUUUGCCGACCGACCAAAAUUUUUGCAAGUGACGAAAACGGAGGAAACAAUCAUGAUCGUUACCGGCUCGUUUGGGAUCCAUAUGAGGAAAUGAAAGUAAAUUCAUCGGAAAUCGUUGCUGCAGUGGAGGAGUAAUAGCAGUGGACUUAGCAGCCAAUCAAAAACAGGGGGUUGUAAAAAUCUAACUAAAAUUUCCCACUUUUUCGUUUCAAUUUAGUUUUUUGAGGGAAGUAGGCGUAAGCCUUUGGGCACCCUGUUUAAAACGUACAACAGGGUAGGGUGUCCAGAAAAAUUAUCUGUGUCGAAAUAAUUUAAACGAGCCCAUAAUGGUAUGACAGAAGGGAACUGAGUCUCAGAUGAUAAGCUCGAUCUGCCAUCGCUGCUGGUCAUUUCGGAACAUAAAUAGGUCAAGGUCCUUUUUAAAACUUUGUAUUGAUGGUGACAUCACAAAAUCUGCAGGCAGACCAUCACAUGGUUUGAACAGGUAAACCAUAUCUUGCCUCCCAUUUAAUCCCAGGAGGACCCUUUUAAAAGUCCAGAAGUUGAGUGUUUAGGAACGAAACGGUCAACUGCGAGUUUAUGUCUUCCGAGGUAAGGUGUUCGCGUAAUUUUGAUUUGAAUACCAAUAACAUAGGCAAUGAUUUGAACUACUCUGCAUGCAAAAUAAAAUCAACCUUCUCAGUACUCUGACUUCUGUAAUUAAACGGAACGGCACUUAUUGGGUCGGGCAACGGGUAAUGAUAUUUUAUUGAACAAUGCAAAAUACAGAAGAGUGGCCAGAUCGAAGGUGAUCUUAGGAAAACUGAGGCCGCACAAGAACAAAGGCUGCGUGAACGGUCAUCCGGUGAAAACCCAGGCGGAUGGAAGCGCAAGGCGAACGUAAAGACACAAAACAUCCUGUCGAUCUUGGCGACAAAUAGAUGUGAACACAGGUCGUUCAUGAACACAUGAGCCUCCCGCAACAAUCUACAUUUGCGAUGCGUUGUAUCAAAAAGGCUCCAGAUUGGCCUGUGGUACGCGUUAUUCAGGGUAAAAGGAAUUUAGACGAGUCCAUAACUACUGACACGUCCAGACGCAGGCCGCCAUGCCAUUUCAACCACUGCUCUCAGUCCAAUUCUUCGGUGGUUGACAGGUUCUAAAAGUCGACUUAUGCACGGGAUAAGGAAGAAAGUGGAGGCCGACACUAGUGAAUCGGUUCUCAAGACGCGUUUAAAUUAACGGCGGCGCAUUAAGAGACAUAGCCUCGAAGGUUGUCACAAAAAGGAUAGCACGGCCUCUCUCAGGACUGAGUCAGGCUGCAAUGUUUCCCUACCAGAAUGGCCUCCGUGAGACUCUUAAGGGUUCUAGAUUCAGGCAGUGACCAUGAAAGUCUGAUAUAUAUUGUGGAAAUCAGAUCGUGCGUGCGUGGGCUGUCAAAUUCACUUACCUCUGCACCGGAGCACUAUUCUGGCCGCCCUGACCUUUGCUUGUUAGCAGAGCAAGAUGAGCGAGGAAUGACGUAGGGCGACAGGAGUUAUGUAAGUCUACCUCACACUGAACCGAUUCACGCACAAACGACCGCCCGCACCCAUUCCGCAAGGCACACCGAGGACGUCGUAGUUCGUCAAGGUCGGACUGUCGUCGUUGAAUGAAUUCGGAGAAUAAAGGUUGCCAGCCAGAUAAGGGCAGAGUUGCAUGUAUCGGUUACGCUCGCGCGGUGAGUGAACAACACGCAUAUGGGCGAGAUACGAGGACCUUGGGGAACAAAUACGGAUAAUGCAAACAAGGACAACUGCCGCUGUCGUACCGACGUUGCGUGCGACGCCAUCAUCAUGACUUCUUUAUCGUGAGAGUAAUGAUCUUCUCCCGCAUGAUAACUCGCAAAUCAGUCUUAGUAUCCGUGCCAUGCCAGAUGUGCUAAACUUAUCUGGGACGAUGGAAAUAAAUUUGUUUGGUAGAGGGACGCUCACCGAUAGUUCUUACGGAACUCACUCGUUCCGCUGUGCCUUACGGGCUCUCUCUCUCGAGCCUAACCAGCAGCCGCACAGCGGUGCAUGAUAUAGACUGCGUGUUAUUACCGAUAAAGACAAGGGAGACUGGAAUGACCAUUUAUGGCCGCCAGUCAGUCAUACCCAACCCCGAAGUGUGGAACACCUGAGGCUCGAACGCGUGGCUUGUUAGUUAGAAGUCAGACGCCCCUUAUCACUGGGCUACGGGUCCGCUGUCCUGUCGGUUUCGAUCGGGAAUAUACAAUGGCAUGGCUGGGUGACGACGGCUAAUAAACCAGAAAUGGCCAUUCUAGUCUCCCUUGUCCUUGUUGGUAAUAACAUACUAAAAUUUGUUUUUCAGACGUGAGGCUAUUUAAUCCAUAAUUUGCAUGAUCGGUUAACGCCCCCUGCUGUUGUUGAUAUUUCCUAUUAUAACCGACUGAAUACCGGCCUGCGGCUCUAUGUGAAAGUACUUGCCUACCAAACGUUCUGCGGCCAUAGAACUCAGACUCAGAUCCAUGGUCAUCCGGACAUGGAGUUUCCGUGCGCCAUACUGUUGGUGCUCGUUAUCUGCAUAUACUAUAGACCAGCAAGCCACGGCAUAAAAUUUACACAAUUUCGCCGAUAACUGAUUAUCACCUCUUUCAACUUCAGCAGCACCCUUACAGUCUGUUUAAGCCCACCACUGCUCCAAUUGGAGCCUAAUUCAGAUCUAUAUGUUUGUGGCUUUCGUUUUUGCCGGGUAGUCAUGAUUUUCGCAAGGACAGCCAUACCACAAUAACGUGAGUAUUUAGUGUGUAUUUAUGCGUAAUUUUGUUGGAAGUCCGUGUUUUUAACACUAUUCUCCUUUCGUUAGCACUAAACCUCUAGAGCGACUCUUCUUGCGUUUGGAGCCGGUCAUGUUUGGUGGCGAGUAAUUAUUUGUCUAGCAAAACACUCGUCUCGAUUUUAGACGAAAAUUGGGGACUGCAGUACUCCUCAAACUUAAAGCAUUAGUUUUUUAUAUUGUGGUUUCUGUACGGCACCGUCGUUUCGACAUCAAAAAUCCAGGCUCGCAUGGCAAAUUUAUCUAGAAUGUUACCAAGAUGUUCCCAGUUGGGUGCUACCGGCUGCUAAUCGCAUGUGUAUGUUUAAGCUAAUAUUUUUCAAAAUGUAUCAGAGAAUGCUGCAUAAACAAGCAUUGUACUACGCAUUAGAAUCGGAAUUAGGAUUGUUAUGGCACGUGUGACCAGACAGCUAAUAUCAUUAGAGUUAAUUUUUGUCUUUUCAUUUCGUUUCUAGAAAUCUUAUAGGUUCGUUCUCAUCACAUUUACUUUCUCACCUAGUACCUUCCUAGUUGUGGAUUAGUUUUUCACGACGGCCAUUCGCAUGCCAUGACUUCCUCCAGUGUCUUUCGACGGUCUCCCGUGUGGUCAGAUUCAUACGAUGUAGAGCAACCUAAAUCAUUCUCACCCGCAGCCGACUAAUGUUGGAGUGCUUUUUGAAAAACUGCCUUAACUCGCAUCACAAAACCUAAUUAUCCAGUACGGUACGAAGGUGCAAAAGCACACGGGGCGCUCGUUCUAAUCUUUAUAUCAUUUGAAAUGUCUGGGUAAAGUAACUGAAAUUUUUGCCCACUCGCUUGAAUGUUAAGAAAAGGAUUAAUAAUUCUGACGGGUAAAUCCACUACAAUCUCCCGAUGUCAGCCGUCUAAGCGCUACCAUGGUCCAAACUGGUCGGGACAAAUCUGGACCUUUUUAUAAUUCACCAGUCAUCAGUGGUGAGGGAAAUAUAUAUUUGUUAGAUCUUUUACGGCUAUCACCAUUAGGCAACUGAAAUAGUUGGUUAUAACUCAGUGGGCCAGUUGUCGGGUAUUUAUGCUCAUCGAUUCUGCCCGUUGCGAGUUAUUAUCCUCAAAUUUGUACCGAAUGGUGCGAAGAAUCGCGCCUCUUAUAUUUCACUGACGUUUCCACUACUUUUGUCCACGCUAUCUCAUGAAAAUCAUUUGAACGGGUCAAAUUGGUUCGAGCGGUUUUUAUGUGCAGAGCUCUUUGAACAUUUCUGAAAUGUGACUUCGCCUUGGAGGGUAAUGCUGGUUAUUCAGCCAAACAUGUUCUCCUGAAGUGUACAUUUCAGCACACGCGCGCUAUUCUCAACGUAUGGUCGAAGGUAGUAGUUUACAGUAGUAUACAGCCCGUAGAGCAGUUAUCCAGGCAGAAACUGUAGCGGUCAAACGCACCCACCAUGGAAUGCCCAGGCAGAGAUUCCGCAGUUUCCGAAAGUGAUGACACCCCCUAAGACGCACAGUUUGACGACCGCAUCGUAACGCAAAGAUAAUGAGUCGCGAUUAGCCGAUUUUGCUUUGCCACGUCUUGCGGUCGCUUUGUCGGAUCGGGAAAACCAGAUAUUACUUAUGCAGGGGUUAGUCAAUAACUUGCUAUGUUAGACUUGGAAGACAAUUUACCAACCCGAACCGUCCUCCCUGCCGAACGGCCUGUCAUUAAACUGUCUAAGAGGAACGGGCAUUCGAAGCCGCCAGAGUUAGCGAUGUGACUCGGGGAGCCUAUAACCAAGCAAAGGUAAUGGGGGCGGUAGUGGCGGCUGUUAUCUAUGCUGUUUAGACCGUGUGUUUUGCGUCCACAAGCCACAAUCAGUUUGCCGACGGCGUGUUUUGCCAGACAUCCUAAGGCCCAUUUCCUAGCUCCCUCCUUCGCUAUAGAGUACACAGUACCAUCCAUAAAUAGCGCUGCUUAGUCAUCCCAGAAUCCUGCCGAAUUGCGCUAUGGAGUAACUUUUUUAUUGGAAUGGCCACCCGAGUUAGCCUGGGCCGCCUACAGGAUUGCCUGUCGCGCAUUCCGUAGGACUUUUUGUUUGGGAGUAGGAGGGGGGGGGGGUAAAUUCGAGGAUUAGUUCAGGGAUUACGGGUUGUGAAAAUACACACACACACACACACACACACACACACACACACACACACCGAACACCGUCAUUAGCUUUUGCCCGCCAGUCAAGGACGGUUACCUGGGUGUGACAGCCGUUCUGAGCACAGCCGUGUGGAAACGCUGAUGGCAUCUAGGUGGUUGAACGGGACGAAGCGAAAGUGUCCACCAGCCCCAUCGAUGAGUUCGGCAGGGGCUGUCGGUGCCCUGCUCAUAGGUGCCUGUUACCACUCUAGUUUUGCUUGCAUACAAGGCCCAGUUGGCGCCAUUAUUGCAGCAUCUUCAUGCAUGGUAAUUGCCGGCAGUAUAUGUGCGGCAGGGCAUAUCCAUCGGUGUGACGUUAUGCAACGUUUGUCCAGAGGAGUUAACGGUUUUAAAUUCGGGGACAGAUGAUAGAGACUUAAGAAGAUUUAUUGAGGAGAUUAGAACAUUUCUUGCGCCUACGCAGUAGUGUGUGUACCCAGAGCUCCACAACAAUCACCAUAGUCCCGCCUUAGAGGGGGGGUGGGGGGAAAGAUGUCAGCGGGAGUACAGAAGCCUAGUGGUGGUCAGAGUCUCCGACGAGCGGUCGGCUGGGAGUUCACGUAUCUCAACUGCUACAGAAAUGCACGUUUGGCGGGCAUCCAUUAGGUCUAUCCCCUGCGAGCACAAAUGUAUCUAUAAAACGAGUGAAUGCCGGUGUUUUCGGCCUCCAUCAGGAAGAAUCAUUCAAGUUAAGUUGUGUAUUUCGUUUCUAGUCAUUAGAGAGGCAAAUCGGUCGAUUUCACAUUGAAGUACACUUUAGAAUGUCUGUUGAAAAACGUCGUUUUAUCGCUAUGUCCAAAAUACAAAGGGUAAAAAUAGGCAAAACGACUUGGAAGUUAUGAAUUUGUGCCUCAAAAUCACGAUUUAGAUCUUAGUUUUUCGGUCGGGACGCAAAAGGCAAUUUGGUCGCAAACUGGUUUACAAUAAGAUAGUUUUGCGUCGCACCUACUUCACCGUUCCUACCCCGCGUUCUAAAGGCAAGACGAUAUCGAGACGACUGGAGACGGGAACGGUAGCUGAAAUUAAAGGGUACAAGUCUUUACUUACUGGAUACGUACCGGUUCGUGUAAACAUGAGCUUUGCUUCAACAUCUUGCAUUUCACGCCGGAUAGUGUUGCAAUAGAGGCAUCAUUUGCCAAAGGGCUCUUACAACCCGACCCGCAGCCUGGAGUUAAGGUGAGUCUUGCUCAGCUAGGAGUCUUCCAGCCCACGACUUAUAGCACAUCACGAGAGCUUUAAAAGCAUCGAGUUUACCCUGGCGAGGAAAGCAUUUACUGGGUUUGCGUUGAACCGACCUUACUCUGGUGUAAUUUAGCAAGGUCAAUUUCAAGCCAGACUCAUCGCAGGUGACGAGGUCAGCUGCAGUUAGUAGCGUGAUUUAAAACUUCCAUAUAAUGUUUUCUGCGCAUAUGUUUGCCCCUCCGUUAAAGUCUGGCAGUGACGCUGCCCGUCUUGACAACCCGGACACGGAUAGUUCAGCCGUCCUAAGUGAUGACCAUAUUCACUAGGUUACGUUUGUGGUUUAGUGGCCUUGGACAAGGUGAAUCAGGCAUUCAGUGAGUCCUUUCUUGAUUCUUUGCCAAAAUAGGGGCAGAAAAGCAACUGUAGGUGGGUAACCUAGUUGGGCACAGAUCAGUCAAGACAAGCCCAGGCGUGAAGUUGAGGACAUUAGAAUUAAGAGCACUCGGUUGCAUCCAGGUUUCAAAGCUGCUGCAUUGAAUGCCUGCUCCGUUAUGUCCCACGUUAGGUCCACAGGCGCCGCAGGCGUAGCGCAACGUCCUGGCUGUCCUGCUCGUUGUUGGGUGUAGGUUGGUGGGCUGCCGAGGUCUCUCAUCUGUUUGAGGUUGGAAUGCUUCGGGCGCUGAUUGUAGGAUUUUUCCGAAACGGGGGUUCAAUUGGGUGGAAGUGGCCACGGUGUCCAACCAGGGCUAGUGAAGUAUGCUGGAUUUAUGUCAUCAGAGGACACACUUCUUUGAGCUCUCGAGAAUGUCAGGCCAUCAAAAAAGGCAGGAGUUAGUUUGGGCGCUCAUCCCACGAACGCACUGUUACUGUCCUAAUCCCAACACCUUCCUACGGGUUACUCGGUACCAGGCAUGACACGACCAGUCAACAUCUCUAGGUGGUUCUGGAACUCUCGAUAGACAGGAGACUAGGUCGAGCCUACCAGGCCUACCGGCAUUGAUCGUCUAGCAUAAAAGUCGCAUAGAUCAGGCGUGAUUUAGCUUAUGCUAAGUAGGUGGAGGCUUGAGGUCGUUUAAACACCUUUUAAGCACGAUUUCGGCCACAUAUCAGAAGAAAAAGGCAGAAUUGACGUAGAUGGGGAGCGUAAUUAUUUGUUCUCAGCGCCAUACUCAGCGGAAGAAGACCAUAGAAAAAAUUCCCGAUUGCCUAAACAGGGCCUCUUUUAGGAUUCCAAGAGGAAUGUCUGUUAUCAGGCUGCAUAAGAAAUCAUCACUGAAAACUGGGACCUCUGAAUCCCUUUACGUUAUGUUCAACUCUGCCUCGUAAAAAUCUGAAUCCAAAAGAAUUGUGGUUUCGGUCAUCAGGGAAAACCGAUUUGCUUUAAAUCUUUUCUUUUACGGAUGGAAAAACAGUGAAAUCAUCCUCCCUCGUCUUACUCCUGAUAUCGAAUAAUUAGUAGCGUGAUUACAGCUACUCUCUGGGAGAGCACCGUAUUUUCGGACAUUUUUGCAUCUGUCGUUAUCCUCAAAACGGGCCGCACAGGAAAUGCACUGGACCAAAUCGGGAGCCAGAUGAGAACACAAGGCGCGUUAAUCGGGAUGCAUAUCCAUAACAAAUGCCAUAGGCGGAGAUCUGGUGCACGCCUAGGCGUGGACUCACGCCGCGCCAACCGCCUGUGUCCACUUACUGCAUCGGAUAACUGACCGGUUUGGAUGGUGGACUGGUGUCUGAGAGAUGGGAGAGUGAGGUCGACCGGAACUCCGCCCCCACGGCACUCAACGCGUAUUUCUCACUACAAACAAUCGGAUGAGCUUGUAAACCAUCACGAUGCGCUAAAAGCAGUGGCUUGGAAGGCUACCAACUGACCGGAUAGGCCAGUCCUCCUGUCAGGACUGAGAGUCAGGCUGCAACGACUCCUUCUGAAUGUGCCCACUAUUGCACUCCCGCCCAGAUGGAGUCGGAGCUGCCCCAUUCUUGCUUGUGUGAAAACCUGGUCCAUUGUUUCGUGGAUCAAGCGUGUGUGGCCUGCGCAGACGGAUUGUUUAGCUUUGUCAGUCACUGGGCCCGAUCCUGCCUCCGGUCUCCCUGACUUUGUCUCAACACCGGACUGACGUGGGUCGAAGAGGGAAUGCGCCAGACACUGCGCAAAUCAUCUAUAAUUAUAACUUACUUCACGCGCAAGUCACCGUCCCUGCGCCCACCCUGCCAUGGAACACACGAUGUACAUCGUCGUUUACGACGGUCGAACUGUCGUUGUAUGUCAACAGAUAAGUCAUCUUGAUCUCAUAAACCGAUUCUUACACUUGGUCUUGACUUACCUUUUAAGCGAUUGCACGGGAUCGCGAUCGAUCGUUGGUAAACUCUAGGUUUUUCAAACUGGAUUCGGUCCUCGAUAGCGUCUUACUUGUGUACGGCGAACUGGCGGCCAACUUUGUUUCGCGUCUACAAGGUUUGGAAACGGAAACAGCGAAAUACCCCAAACAACCCGCUGUUCUUUUUACAUCAUUUUAUUAUAGGAUUGGCAGUUAGGAGGAGAUGGCAACAGCUGUUUUGCGUGGAAUAAGACAAAACCGCUGGUAUAAACAUAAGCUAAACCUUGACCUCGAGAGUGCCUUGUCCUUCCCUCCCGUCAACCCGACUGAAAUAAAUGGGAACUAUUAUGUAUGCGGCCAUUUCCAGACAAUUGAACAACCUACUGUAUCAGAUUUGGUGGAUUCCAGACGUUGCAGUAGGUUGGGCGGGUAGCUUGACCAAAAUGUGAUUAAACUCGCGUCGUCCGGCGGAGCCUCGUAGCUCAAGUGGUUAGAGCGUUGGCUGUACUAAAGCCUUCCCCUUACUGCGUGGGUUCGAAUCCCACUGAGGCGCCGAGUUUUUCAUAGUUGGGUCAAUAUAAAUGGGACAAUAAUAAUUGGCAUUUAGAGAUGAAGCAAGGAGAACCUCUUGCGGAGCUUCAUACCAGCUGGCAUUUACCAGACCGACGCCGCUAUUCUUUCGCAGUAGUUUAAAGGAAUAAGUUCAGGGGCCAACCGAACAUAGUGCCGAAGUAUUGCGAUUGGACUCCUGCCCACCAGAAGGAUUACAUGACGCAACACAAAAGUCACCGUGUAUAAGCUUAUAAACAUAUUUGAGAAUCUAGACGGCCUAAGAUUUCGGAACACAACCAACCUAUACUGGACUGUGAGCAGGGAAGGAGUGAACCCAUAGAGUUAUUACCCCAGCGCUCCCACGAGUUUCGCUUAUUCUAUUGCUUGUCACACACUACUUUGUCUCCCUUGCUCAAAAGCUCGGUUCAGUCGAUCAUGACUUACAUUGAUAAAUAAUGAGGUGGUGACAUGCCACACGAGCUGAGCGUACUCUGGCCUACUCCCGAUAGAUUCAGGACCAACUACCUUUCGUCACCUCCAUAGUCCUCGACUAUUUUUUACGGUUUGCAGCCACUCUUUUCUUGCCAAUCCUGCUGGAUGUUACUCAGUUUGCCCCCUCCUCACGAUUUGAUAUUGAGCUAUUAUUUGGUACCGAGUUCUCCACCCUGCACUAUGCAGGUCAACGACGAUGCCUUAUAACUGCAUGGGGCCAUCACACGUGAAUGAAGCUGUUAAAAUUGUUGGCUUAACAACGGAGUUAUCAAGGGCAAACUGUUUUUCAUAUGUGGACAAAAUUACUAGCACGCUCCGACGGCAGGAGAGCCUACUAGAAGUACGUUAGGGUAAAUUUUUCCGAGCUUUACGUGUGGAGUUGAGCUCAUUUUUCGGAUGUACUUAGCAGGCCAAAUGCCCAUCCUUUAGAUAGUCCAAUAAAACUGUUGCGAUAUCAACAUAGUCACCAAAGUUAGUCGGCAGUGUCUCCACGUAAACUCUUAUUUUGCGAGGUUGUUAAUUUUCAGCUACCAUUUGAAAAUCAGGUUGUAUGCUGUCUUUUAGCACCUUGAACACAUUCUCACCACAAAUCCCACCAUUCGCUAUUAAGGGUUCCGAUCAGCUACGUCUCUAAAGUAAGGAUCAUGGCCGCCGUAGAUAAAUACUCCUUUACGAACUGCAAACCAUAGACCUUAACUCGAUGAAGUAUUGUCAGCGUCCCCCACAAGUGAACCACUGAUUCAUGUUAGUGGUAUCGCUGAGACCACAGCCACUGCACCCACGCCUCUUUCUCAUCGACUUGACUUUGUCUUGCCACUAGAACAUGCUGAAUGAAGGAAGGGCCAGGUAGCUAGUCCGCUUCAACAUAAACAACUUCACACCCAAGUUACCACUGUAUUCUCUCUGGAACAGCGAUGGAUGUGGUCGUUUACGACGAUCGGACUACCGAUGGCGAGGAUUCGUUUUUGUGGUACAUUUGGAGCCUCGUCAUAAAAGUAUAUAAAUAAGUGCAUUCAUUCCAUGAUUUGCAAACAGGUGUGUGCGUAGUCCAGAAGAUCUCAUUUAUCUAGACGAUCGUUGCUGAAAUGUUAUGUAGGCGGACCGUAGAGCUCUGACCUUGUUCCCAUGCGUAAUAUUUUACGUGGCUAAGUAACGAGACGGACGUCACGAGUCCAUUAUUUACUGUGAACGUUUGCGUUUAAACCAUAUUUGACUUACCCUGUUUCUGAACUUUACGCUCCUUUUGCGCAGCUAACCCUGUCUCGGUUCCCUAGUUGACGCCUUGUGUCUUCGUCACAAAUUACUGAGCGAAGUCAUCGAAACAGUUGCUGUCAGAUGCGGUGCACGUCCCUGCGCAAACGUUUUGACUUGUUUAGUCACCGUUGGUGGAAUAGGCACAGCAUAACGCCUUAUAGUUUUGUCUAAAAUGGAUGAGUAAGCGUGGGACGUCCAUGUCCGAAUUGUUAGGGCCGAUGCUCAUUAGCACGUUAACUCUCUAAUUGAGUGGUACCAAAUUCAACGGAGAAGCGUAUGUUUAGGCCUACCAAAACUCCGACACAAGUAUUAGGAAAUUCAGACAUGGCUUUUGACGAUGCUAUUUGUUGCUACACACGGUUAAUUAGGGUUCGGCUUCUCAAUGGGCCCCGCCGUUCACCAUGCGAUUUCCAGCAUAAUUGGUUAGAAAAUAACGGUGUAUUUUCCAAAAAUUAUCUAACCGGCUUGGGUUAUGUCGUCGGAAUAGGGUUUUCCAGGUCAUAUGGAUUUUAAGGGCGAAUUCAACAGUUAAGAUCGACAAACAAAAAAAAACAGUGCCAUUUUUGAUGACAGACGUCCCAAAAUUGAAAAAAAAACGCAUGUUCCGUCAAAUUUUGUGCUGCUUUAGUAAACUGAAAAUUCAACAUGACAGUGACUGCUUGUGUCAGGCCAAGGUUCAGUUUCUCAUACUAUGUCAUACUGGAAGCCGCACGACAGUACCCGAUUUCUGGUUAAAACCACUCAGGCGUAUUUGACUACAGCCUACGCGAGUGAUAUAUGAAAUUCUAAACCAUUGUCAGGCAGAAUCCAGUCCGGUAAGUCAAUCUAACCCGAGUUAGCGUCCACAGCAAAGGGUAAGGCAGCUGUGGGCGCCCCUACAAGGUGCUUUUAGUUAUAUAUGUCUGCAGAUGCAUUAAAGCCACCGUACAGUCACAAUACAAUGAGCACUCUGUUACACUGCGCCGAGUAAAGUCAGAGGCAAGACAAAUAUUUCGCAGAAAUUUCCCAACGAAACGCCCUGAAGGAAUACAGUAAAUCGCCGGAAUUGAUUGUUUGCGAAUUGUAAUCAGUAACUUUGGAUAUGCUGCUUCUAAAAAUACCGGAAGAGUGCUAUUCCCACUUAAUCACCCUAGUCACUUAGUAGCGCUUCUUUCGAAGAUCUUCAGGUCUGUCAAUUCAGAGAUCAGGUUUCUCCAUACCGUUUCUAUCCUGACUGCAUUAUUCACCCUUUCGGCAAAUGAAUUCAGAAUAUAUGUGGACUUCCUGAGUCCUAACGCUUGUAUUUUUUCGAUCUUCGAGGCUAAUUUAACCAUCUAUAACUUCAUACUUGUGGGUCCAAGGCCUGUAUUAUGUUAUUGGCUUGGGUUACGACCGGUGUACGUGCCGACAUUUAUCCCCUGUUCUAAUGUCUUUACAUCUUUGUCUAGUAACACAUUUUAAAUUAGCAUGCCCGUUGUUACUAGAUUUUCCGACACCGGUUGUCGUUUUCGACCGUUUAUUUUUUUUUAACGCGAGACCUAUAAAUGUCCUAGUUCUAUAAGCAGGUAGUCCGGACGCCAUGCUGCUAAAAUCUAACAGUACUAGUUCGGACUUGUCUGUGUUUGAUGUCGUAGGAUGUCAAAUGCCGGUUCUUGUCUCUAGACCUUGCUGAUAAAUUGCGCCUCUUUCAUGUCGACUCCUCUGUUUUAGGUCUGUGGGCUAUCGCAUCUCACUAUAUACGGCGGAGCUAAUACGCCAUCAUCAUGCAACGUUCAAAACAGCCCCUUAUGAUACUCACUUGUCAACAUAAUUCGCACUACUUUGAAGAGCGAAAUAUAGUUGUCAACGACGUUGUCAAGGUCGGUCGAGCUGUUGCCCGGGCUAAGGCUGCCCCAAACAAUGCAAUCUUCGAUUGCAAAGUGCUUUCAAGGAAUCACGCAAUCAUCUGGUUUUCUUCCGAUGAAGUAAUUUCCAUUUUCUAGCCUCACCUUAUCCAUGGCAGUUUUGGCUUCGUGAUACCAACAGCAGUAAUGGAACUUUUGUCAAUGAUGUCCGGGUCACCAAACGUGACGACAGUGACUCUUGUGACAGACAAAUCUUCUCUGGAGACAUUAUACGAUUUGGAGUGGAUGUUGUCGAGAACGACAGUAAUUGUUUCCUUCACGCCAACUUGUAUUUUAUCUAGCAACUCACGGAUGCAUAAUCACUAGUGUAACUCUCAUUCUUCCCAAUGGUUGUGAGGCCAAGCCGAAACUUGGGCAUUCUUCCAAUGAAUCAGCCCCGGCUGGUCACAUCCCUAUAAACACGGAACAAAUAUUUCAACUCUCCUGUUUCCUUAACGUAGGCCUCCUUCAAAUGAACUAACCACCCUCUCCAUAUGCGCAGGACACUCUUUUUAGAGAGCAGGCUUUGGAAAAGCGACUGGAGAGCUUGCGCGCUGCUCUUCAGGACGCUCAGCUAGCCUCCGAGGCCGGGUGGCAGGUAGGCUUUUUUUCUGAUCGCCGCCUCAGGGACGUAUUUCAUUCUAGGCAAUGCUGAACGAAGAGAAGCUCCUUGAAAAACUCGAUCUUUAUGAAAACCAGAUACGUAUUUUUAAGGAGGUAGCAUUGGCUAUUUGCAUUUAAAACACCGCUUCUACAGGACCUCCCAGAGGACUCUCUCCGGGCCCGCCUCUCCGAGGCUUUCGAAGAGAAGAGCCUUCAAGAAAGCACGUACAAAGCCAAGUUAAAUGAAUUGCUAAGGGAAAAGAGUGGAGCUCUUCAAAAAGUGCAAGAGUUGGAGGUAAGAUUUAGAAAAAUGGUCAUCUGUGUGUUGUUGGGUUGCCUUGAUUUCUACGUUUUUGUCUGUGGUCGAGUUUUAUCAAAGCAACAAUCUCUGGGACAGAAUUUGCCCUAAUAUCUGAUUAACGGGCUAAGAGGUUACUCAGGGACAUUGGCAUGCACCAAGUUGUCGAAGCAAGAUUGCAUGUGAAUUUUGACAAGUAUAAAUACAUCCCUUGCUGGACCUUGACAGAGCCAUUAGGGAUGUCAUUGCACAGACUCUUAUGCGCACAUUACUUGUCAACCAACCGAUAAUCUACCAGUCAAACAGGCUUAGGAUAUUCGUUUUGCGGGCUGUGUUGUUUCCUUAAACUUAAAAGCAAGCCUCACAUGCUCUUGGAACACUUUAGCCCGGGAUUUUUUUUGACGUCGGUCACUUCGCCCAGUCUCCUCCGGUCCUUUUGAGUCUUGGGGCAUGAGGAAAGAGAGGAUGAGGUCUGUCAGGUUCAGAACCAUAGCUUAUGCGUCCCUCACUAUAGUAAACCUGAGGCCAAAAGCAGUGGCAGCUGCCGACCGAAAAAAUUUACUGGUGCUCCUCCAGGCUGAUGUCCGGGCUAAAAUCACCCCUUCUUAGUGUGGCUUCUUUGGCGACAGUAUCUAGUGAGACACAUGAGGACUCCGUUUUUAAGUCUGGUUUUUAUAUGUUUAGGGACACGCGUAGACGUGGACAAAGCCACUGAGCCCACUCUCAUCUUCGGUGAUUUUCCCUUCGUCUUAUAGUCGGAACAAAGUAGGUUUGAGGAGAGAGAGGGAGAGAGUUAGGUAGAUCCUGUGUAGGUCCUCGUCAUGAACUAACUAAAGCCUAAACCACCAUGGUGCUGUCGGGAUAGUGGCGGCCGUCAACCUGUCGUCCUGUGACGAGCUAGUUUCCCAUCUGCGACUUCCACCCUAUUCCGUAAUGGUCUUAACAGAAGACCUGCAAUUUACGAAUGGUUCACACUGAGCGAGGGAAGGUAACCUCAGCAGUAGCACCCUGUUCCGAAAUAAUAGAAAAUUUCCGAUGAGAUACCUCCUCGCUUCUGAUUCUGUUUGUCAAAAUCCAAUUUUCCUGUUCAUUGUCAGCUGUAUGGCAGCCCCGUCUUUUGCGCAUCUUCAACCACACAACCGAUCCUUUAAUUGUUCGCAAAAAUAACGAGUUCCCACGAUGAUUUUUCGUUUUCAAACUGCGGCACUUCCUGUCCUAUCCCUUGCUUUUUUUUCACUGAUGCAUUUGUCCUCUUCAAUGUUCCCUCCAGCGCUCACUUGUGGACCUUCAAAGCGAGUGCACUCACCUCAGGGACAACUACACAGCUGCGCAAAAUGCCUAUACUGCGCUCUCCGCUGACUUUAAGAAAAAUCUGAGUGAAGUGACACAGCGCCUAUCAGUACGUUCUAUUAUCUUACCAAAAUUCAAAUUCUCAGGUAGGCAAAACACAGAGAUUUUCCUCAGAGGUCGAACAAAUCAAACCCAGACGCUAACUUCCGUGUAUUUAUUCAGAUAAUUUUGCCAGUGUACCUUAUUAGUUAUUUUGCGUUCGAAGCCGAGUUUGCGAGGGGAUAAGGAUCUUCCGACCUCACUCACCUGGAGCUAGUCUCUGCACAUCUAUAAAAGGGCGGGCGUGGCAUGGGAAACUAGACAGGAAAAGUUGGACCUGAUGCAAUAACAGUAUGGUUGCUGGGCUUACAGAUGCGAACUGGAAUUAAUGAACUAACUUGGAAUUAAGUCUCCGAAAGUGGACUUUCGGUUUCGACCCCACUGUCCAUAUAGACACCUCGGGUACUAUUAAAUUCGGCGCAAACACUCGUUAGUGUAUGUAACGUGUCAGCACGUAGUGCAUCUAACCAAUGCCGUAAUGACCUUACCAUGCUCUCAAUACUGACAUAACUACUGGGCAUAUAGCUGAGAGAGAGAAACGGAGGCGCCUACCCGUGCCAUAAACACCGAGGUGGUGAGCAUUAGGUCAGACCACAGUGGUCGUUACAGACCCCAGAAAUAUAAGAUUGCUAACUACGUAUCCGUCCAAUCAGACCACGGAGUCUUCGUUUAGUCAUUUUGAAGGCAUUUAUAGAUGUAACUAGAUUUUGCUCCGUCAGCCUCGACUCUAAAUCCCUUCGAGGACGAUGCUUUCUCAGAUUAUGUAAUCAUGUCGCGAUCUUACGUAAGAUAUUUUGGCAGAAUAAGGUCAGUAAUUGCAGAAAGUAGGAGUGCUGCGAGUGGCCAAUUUCCUAGCCUCAAACAGACGGUUGUUUGAUUUGCCCCCGGACCUUAAAACAGAAGAAGCGAGGUCUCCUGUGUACUAGCAGCAAACUCAAAAGUUGUUCAGCGCAAACUUCCGCGUCAUGUUUGGGAGUAAACCAAGUGGAAAUCUCCAAAAUCGAAUAAUUUCAGGACGUGGGCACGGGUUCUACUUAAACUGCUUCUAUCAAAACCUACUAAAUUAUUCUCUGAGCGGCAGUUUUUCAAUUAAAAGGGUCCUAGUUUCCUAAAUGUUUUGGAAAAAUGACGUUUUCACGAAUAAAAGAGAAGAUGGCUGCCCACUUACUCUCAUUACAAAUUAUCAUAUAGGAAACCGCCACCGAACGUGAUCAGCUGUCUGAGCAAUUUGCACACGUUAACGAGAACAACAAGUUGCUGCAACUACAGGUCGAGCAACUGUUCAGCGAACUCAAUCACACCAAAGAACUACGUGAACGCGGUAAGUAAUCGUUAACUUUUUUGUACAUGUAUGAAAAACGAUUAUGCUUGCUGCUCUUUGUUAUUUGACAGGAGACCCUAUCCAUGGGGGGUCGUAGUUUAGCUGGCCGUUUUUGUUAUUCGUGGGCUGGAAAUUACCUCUUGACACUUUGACCAGGUCCAACUAAAGCCCACGGAACAUAUCCAUCCGGUCGUCCAAAAGCGUGCUAAACCUUGAUUCGCGCCUGACAACUCAAUGAAGGACUAGUUUCCUAUAGAUCUUGGAUUUGAGGGUGGAGAUCUCCAUCCGUCUCUGAGCACACCAGCUGAAGAUUCCGAUACUGUACCGAGUGGCGACAGGCGAAGCCUUAUUGGGUGAUUGACAACACUCGCCGCGUCGUAAUACCACAAUGGCUUGUAAGAGUCGCGUAGACAAGCGACUUACCAGAUCCAUGUCCGGUCUCGAUGGUUUUGUUGCCGUAUGGACCGUGGCUGCGUACUUUUCAGACAGGACAGUCCGUCUACUUUGCAGUCAGCCUCCACCGGAGGCCAUUUCACUAUCCGCCUGGGACGCAUCGUAAAUUUCGUAAUUAGGCCCCGUUUUCACGGGAUCCCUGUUGUAAACUUUGAGAAAUCUCCCUUACCGACUUCUCCAUAUUUUCCCCGGUUCAUAAUCUUUCUUGUUUUAGAAAAGCUGGGCAUUCCCAACGGACUUGCAGAGCCGGAAAUUGGCAGAGGUACGCUUAUCUUUUUUAUUUCCUGCAUCCCCCGACGCCGACACUUACCAGGAGUAGACUACAGGGCACUAAUAGGGCCGGGGGUCAUUGUGCCGCACUGGGACCCACCCGUCGUAUUUCUCGUCACAACGCCUAUUUGUAGCCUUCUAACUGUGUUGUCUUUUAUAACUCAGCAUACAUUCCUCUUUAAAUGUCAACAUAAAAGCCCACCCAUGGUCCAUGUACAGUGACUCAGCACUACAUUUUUCAGUUAGUAAUACAGGCUGUCUAUUUUUUCAAAGUUCAAUAAAAUAAGCUUUGGCGCCGUGCAGAAUGCAGGCAGCUGUUUCAUGCUUAUUCGCCAUGAUUAUUGCGAAGGUUUUGACUAUCCGGUCUGGCUUUCGGUUCCUUAGUCCCCACAGCCUAACAUCCAACACCGAAUUCAAUCGUCAUCGCGCCGUAGCCAGGGGGAUCGGAUAGGACUGGAGGGGAGGUCACACUCAUCUCAUAAUUGCAUUUUCCACUCGCUUUUACUGUCUACCUGUGCGACAACAACCAAACUCCGCCUAACUGAUUAGGUGUCAUCUAUCACUGUGUAUGACGGAAGUAAUUUCAGAGUGCAGUCCAGGCAGACGCUGAGGGUUGUUUCAUCGCUUAUUGUCAGCACAACUUGUACAUGACGACUUUCGAUCGCUCUUACUCCGUUAAGACUAUGGCUUGUCUAGUGCAAAUUUACCACCCAUGUAGCUCGGAACGCAUAGCUACUAUCAAACUGCGUCGUCUAGCUUAUGUGUUUACGUCUUGCCUGCUAAUAGUUGGUUUGGUGCAUUUUUCUUGGUGCGACGGUAGUGAUAAAGACAGAUUAACUUAUCACGUCCUUGGCACUCUGGGUUUUUAUUAACUAUGGUGGAUCUCGAUGUAGAAAGGCAUAAAAGUGUGAAGAACACUCCUGCUGUCAUUGUCUAGGUGAACUUAUGGAUUAGAUAUUCUAUUAAACGGUUUCGAUUCAUUGCACACAUAUAUUACCGACAUAUUGCCUUCCCCGUCACAUCAGCUACUGUUGUAGUCAUUGUCAUAAGUCUUCUCCAGUCCCUUCCAUAAGGCGAUAAGUGAUACCUGCCGCACGGACUUUUGCGCUCAUUCAGAUGCGCUAACGGUCACGGCUCCCUGAUUAACUUCCUGCAUCCCGUGUAUCUUUUUAGAGCUUCCUUCAACGUCUAACGAUAUCGAGGCUGAGGACGAAGUCUUAGAAGAGCUGGACCUUGCAAUAGACGGCGUAGCCGCACGACCUGCAGGUAAGUCUGCCUUGGGAGACCAGUCAACAUGUUAAUAAGUCAUCUUGGAUUUUAUGCAAAAGCCCUGCUCUCCUAAACGAGGUUUUAGGCGUGUGCAUCGAGAGCGCUCACACGGGUGUUCAGUAAAACACUUUAUUAUCAUUGUUAGUAUUAAUUUUUAAAGCGCAUGCACGACCGCCGCUGUGGCGGGUGCGUGCAAUUCCAUCACCACCAUUACUUUUGGGCAGUGGUAACAAUCGGUAGAUGGCACCCAAAUCUCCGUUGCCUAGGGUUAACAUCUACUAUAUCUAUUUGAGAAGGUUAUAGCCCUACAUAGUUGUUGUUUCAUCCGACCUGCGGUCCAUAUAAUGCCUCAUUUAGAUUAUCAUAGUCUCCAACAGUUGAUAUGCGAUCGCUGUAGACCGAGCCAUGGUUAAUCAACCUUGGCCAAGGCUUACACGACUGACGAGUGACAGCAGUAGUGUGGUUGUGGCUAAAUCUAAUCAUACAUACCUUAGGAGUGUAGAGAAACGAUCGCUGCGUCUGAUCACAGGUGUUCAAAUGCCUCGCGGGUUUCUUAAAAUGGUUUACGCCUAUGUGUUUACUUUUCAUUCACCGCGCCCAUUUUUCGUUGCUAUAUGGCGAUGAAGUAAAGCUUCCUCGUUCGAAAAGCAAUUUCCGAAAAAAAUCUUACUAUUAUUGACAUUUAUCCACGCAUUCGAAGGCCCCACCCGUAAAACCACUAUUACAACCUGUCCCGUAAUACAGGCUGCUUUGGUUGGGCGUAUUUUUUGGGUGCCAUCUCCCGAUUGUUACCUGGGUAGUUAGGGCCUAAUUCUCGAAUUCGGAUCAUUUGCUCUAUGGUAUCACACAUGUCCAUUACAGUGUAGUUUGUCUCACGAGUCACUGGAAAGCCCUGUUCCGCCACAUAAACUGCCAUCCACUCGUUUGAAUGUAGAAUGUGGUUGGUAGUAGUGAAAAUGGGAUUUUCAGGUGACACGUCAAAAAAGGGGGGCGUUUACCAGGAGACACCGCAUCUUCUUUUGAUAUGGAAUAGCUUUGAAAAAACGUAAGUUGCCCCAUUCCAUCCGAAAGGACCGAAACAACCAUUUCUGUAUGCUUCGCCACAGUGCACACAUAUUUCUUAGGCAGCUGCCUCCAAUCCAUUGACCACGGGCGGGAGGGAUCACAUCUUUGACCUGUCCAAGGGGGGAGUUUUUGAGGUGGUGAGCGCACUGCACCUAAUUCACUCUUCGACACCCCAGCCCACAUUUGGAGGGUAGUUUUAUACCAGCAGACUCUUAUGAGGUGGCCAGGGUGGUUUAGGCGACGUGCUAACAUAUCCUUCCCCAGAGUGACGUUAACAACAGCGAAGUGUUUGAACGGACGUUUUUCGACAUUUGACGCUCAAAUACGAUGGCAAGCAGGUCAUGCCUAUUCCGCCGAACGCAUUCAGGAGACUUUCUCGAAGUAAAUGCUGACCACUUUAUGUUUAUUGCAGGCACUCUAACUACUUACAGUACCUGUGCUAACUCAUGAAAUGUCACGAAUUAACACAGGUUAACGCCUUUAACGCAAAAUCGGUAAACACUACGGCUCCCAAAGUCUGAUAGCGGAAAAUAAACGAUGUGCCAAAGAAAUAAAGCAAAGUUUGGUUAAGAAAAUAUUAUUUACUGAGAUAAAAAUAAAUAAUUUUCGACAAAAGUCACAUUUUCGAGAAACGCCUAUAUUACAACCAAGUUAAUAAAGGCUACGUAUGAGGACGUAUAAAGGAGUAGGGCGCAUAAAAGGUCAAAAAUAAUUAAGGACAGAAACAGAUACAAAAAAUUAGUACUUUGUAGAUUGUCCAUUCGAAUUAAUAACAGCAGAAAGUCUGUCCGACAUAGACAUGACAAGGUUAUCUAUGGUGGAUUGUAAAAUGUAAUUAUUGAGUAUGAAAUCCAAUUUUUCCUGCAUUGAAGGAGUCUUCUUAGCUUUGUGCCAAUUUCUUUUGACAAUUCCAAAAAGAUUUUCGAUUGGAUUCAGAUCGGGACUGUUGGCCGGGAUGAAAAUGGAUUGGAGGCCAAUUGCGGAGAGCGUGGUUGUUGUCUAAAAUUUUAGAUUAUGUUUGCAAGCGGCAUCAAAUUCGUACCUCUUUAGAGCGGUGGACAGGUGCAUUGUCCUGCAAAAUUACAGUAUCCAUUCGGCGCCGGCUUAUGCCGUUGUAGCCGAAAGCAUCCUUGACAAUUGCAAUGAACACCUUGCUGUUGAUGGUGUCGGAUGUUGACCGCCAGACAGGCCGCUCACCGAAUUUAAUCGCCAUCCAAACCAUCAUCCGCCGAUAGUUCUUGAAUGUUGCCGUCGGUGUAGUGUGUUCUCUUGGGAAGUUCUUUCCACAUAUGACGGUUUGGAGCGACUUCGUAGGCUUGUCUGAAAAUAGAACCUCAUCGCAGAAGAAAAUGCUCUUCCAAAAUGAAGAUCUGUAUUCAAUAUAAUUCUUAACAAAUAAAAGCCGUUCUCUAAUUAGUUUUCUACUUAAAUAUGGCUUAAUCAUGGCCUUCCGCCGCUGCAGUUCAAAUUCCUUCAUCCUUUUUCUAAUGAUGUUCAUAGAAAACAUCGGCAGAUGUUCCCGCUGAAUGGUCUCAAUGGGCAUGUAAUGAAACUUUUUUAAUGUACGACGAAUAAAAUCGUCGUCUUGCUUACUUGUGGACCGUUUUGGUCCCCCUAUCUUAUUUCUAGGAACAGUUUUAUCAUUAAUAAUGCGCCACAGAGUGACCUUGCUAAUAUUGAAAAUACUAGCUAACGACUCACGCGGGAUUCCCUCAGCCGCUAAUUUUCGAAUGCGCUGGAAGUCAACUUCGGAUAAGUAUUGUUUAGACAUAGUUAUCGUUUGGCGUGGCAGAGCAAAGUUACGGCAUGUCGCGCGAACUCAAUAUAUAUUCGUUUACGACACGCAUUUUCAGUCUGGUAAAACAAUCACACUGAUAAACUUUUUUAUUUCGGUAUUUUGAAACAUAAAACUUUACGAAUUUGUAAAAUAGAAUUUUUAUAUAAAGAAUCGCACGUUAUUUCCUGAACACAAUAAGAAAUAAUUUAUCUGCAUUUCCCUGAUUUUGUUGAUAUUGAAAUUUAAUUUUUUCUUUUUGUUCGAAAGUUUAUUAAAAAAUUUCGUCCUUUUAUUAAUCUUCUUAAACAGAUUAAUAAGAUUACAUAAAGAAUUUCCAUCCGAAAGCUUUAAUAGCGUAGGAAACUGCUUGAAUAUCAGGAAUCCUCCGAUUUCGCCUUAAUCCGGCCCGUUUUCUAUUUAAUAUACAGAUCCGUAUCAAACUUUCCUUCAGAAAACGGUCUUUUCGUCCUUAUUUCAACUAAAUAAACACAAAUAACGACACCAAAAAUACGCUACAUUGUCCACUAUAAUUUUGUCCUCGGCAUUUCAUGAGUUAGCACAGGUACUGUACUUUCUCUCCUGCUAAUCAGAAAAUUCAAAUGCGCCGUCACUCUCCCUGUCGAUGGACAAAGAGGCUGACAGCUCCGCGGUCACUGAACAUCUCUCACAGAGCAUCUACAACUUCCACCAAUCACUGCGCCUAAUCCGGCUGCUGAAAGGUGAGCCUCGAGCUAUGCGACAUGCAUGCAGCGAUUUGCAGCACCAGAAUGCCUCAGCGGAUGCGCUGGUCCAGUGCCAGCUUACUGCAAGUAGUCGACUUUGGUCAACCUAGAGGGUGUACUGGUCACUGACUGAACUGUGUACAACAGACGACUACAGCUUCGCGUCACCGUCAGCCGUUCUCCUUCCCCCCCACCCUAUGCGGUUCAGUGAAUCAUCCUUGUACUGCACGCCUUUCUUGCCUUCUGCAGGACGCAUAUGCAGUCCGUCAGCAGCGUGCGCGCUUCAUCGGACCGAAUUUGACGCCUACCAGCAUUUGCUCUUUUUUUUCACUCGCCCUCUUCCUGUCCAGCCAAGCACUUGCACUCCCUGACUCAACUUCAGUGGGCACGCUAGGUGAAGACCAAGCUACAUCAGCCAGCAAGGGGCUUAAGAAUACCCGUAGUCGGUAUAGUCUGUCCUGUCUAAUGUAACAGACUAACCCAGCAGUCAUCUGACGUUUGUAGAAAUGUAGUCUAUGAUAGCACAUGUGCUAUAGCGUCCUAAAGACUUAGUUACAAAUGACUGAUUCAAUUACUUUCCGGAUUUGCUAUCCUUUCCUCCAAACUGCGCCUGCUCUCCGACCAGGACAAAAGGAACCUCACUUGGCAAGUGCGAGUGGUCGCUCUACUUUAUUUUACAUUCAGCGCCCACGACAUUGUGUUGCUACGCGACGCCAAACGUGUUAAAUAUUCAUUGAUUUCCCAUGUCAGCGCGGGUUCCAACUACAAGCUCGGGCACGUGUUUCGCCGAUCAGCUGCCGCUGUUUUAUGCGGAAGUGAAAAGUUUAACACCGAAAAACUGGAGUACACACAGACCAGAGAGCACCUGGGGUGUGCUGGCGACACCCACUGAUGAGCGAAAUCUUUCGCAAGUGCGUCAUGUAUCGGCACAAAAUUGGCGAAACAGUGACCAGGACUUUUGCUAGUAUCUGUAUCGCUUGUUGGCAGAUGGCGAAUGUUGCAUAAUUAUUUCUUUGAAGCUGAUGGAUUUUAACAUAAGCAGUCAAUUUUCGGAUCGAAUGUGGGAAGACUUGUCUUGGAGACAUCUCACAAUUCACGCGUUUAUUUCCGAGGAAAGAACGGAAUUAAAAUUACUUCCCUCAGUAUUUUCCGAAGCUGUAAGCUUGACAAUUUUUCCAGAAUAAUAACUAUAAUUACAGGGCCUGGAGGUUGUUUUUGUUAUAUAACAGUGAAAUAAGUUACUGCGCACUUCGGGGUAGAGUUUCGGCUGGAGUCUUACCGGAUUGAUGAAUGUUCCCCAACGUUCAUUAGCGUUCCAGAUCGCGGUCGACGGGACAGCGAGCUUGUCGCCCACUGAUACAUUAUUGGAAUUAAUGUCGAAUGAACAUAAGGCGCCGGUAUAAAUCCCAGGUUGUCCAAACCUGGUGUUGCUUGUGACUGACCGGCCAUCCCGGUUUCCCUCGUCUUUGUCCAUAUUUAUUUGUCCAUGAUUACUGAUCGCCGUGCGGCUGCCUGCGAAGGCUCUAUAUUGAACCCUAGAGCACAACGGGGGGGGGGGGGCACGACCCGUAACCCGCGUACACUUACCACAGUUAUACCUGCAUGCUUCAUCCGAACUAAGUCUAGUCUACCCAUUCCUGUUGCAUUCUUAUCUCGGGUAGUUGAACUUUCAUUCAUUGAUUCACAUGAUUUGGAUCCGGCCUUUUCACUCGGAACAGCCCUACUCCUAUUUUAUGGAAGAAUUGUGGCCGAGAUGUCACUGCAACAUUUUUGAUAGCCAUACAUGAAAUAUGCAAUACCACAUACAAAAUUCUUCAACCAACAGGGCUACUCAGCCUUAACCCUUUUAAUCUUUAAUUCAAUCGCACGGACAAGGUUCGAUUCAGCAAACAUUUCGCCUGCGAGCUUCUGUUCUCGGUUCGACACUGACUUUUCUGUUUGACUUUGGAAACUGAAUGCUCACUUGUUAUUCACUACUUCUACUGCGUCUUAUUACGCACCUUUAUUAUUGUUGGUAUUUACCGGCAAAUACCAAGAAGACGAAGGUUUUGGCAAUUCGUGACGGCCUCUCUCUCACUUGUAAUGCUGACGUAACUUCUACUUGGCGGUUAAGAGUAGAGAGUCUAUACCAGCUGUGUUUGAUCAGUGUCAAAGUGCUUUGAUUGGUCGUCUUCGGCCAUUACCGUUUCAGACGUAUCCCACAGACUAACGGACCGCGCUCUUUCAGCAGUGUAGUUGGUGGUUUGUUCAGCAGACACCAUGUUUGCCGCAAAACAGCCCCACGUCUUGAGGGAUUGUUCUGUGCUGAACUAGGCGGCGCAUUGCCGAUCCUUGAUAAACUCCUGCCGGUGGAAUUACAUUUUCUGAAACCAUCGGAAGGCCAAGAAAUCCGUCCAAACAGAGCAUGCAAAACUCCGUUGCAGAAGUUGACCAAGUUUCCCCCACUCAAAUGCAUUGCAAUUUCCCUCUUCCUCUUAUUUACUAGUUUCUUCCCUAAUUCAAUCUGUCACAUAGUGCUUUGUGCUUGAGAUUGUCUGUUCAGCUACGGCAGAUCGAGUUGGUCGACAAAAUUACAUAUUUAUUACUACUGCAUGCAGUCAGUCUACUACACCCACUUUUUGUUACCAGACUGCAUCAGGCCAACCAGAGAUGAGAUCCGGCCACACAUUUCGUCACUCUGCUGUUGCGUUCCAUACUCGUAUUUAGUCUCCAUUUCAAUUUACAUUGCACGCGCACACAUUUUGUUUUUUACUCUUCCAUAGAUAAGAUAUUGGUAUCAACAACCAUUAACUUGGAACAUGCCUUGCCAGCGGAUUGGAAGGGCGGUGAUGAACAGAGUCUCCAGACGAAGUCGGUUGACACUUUUGUUAACGAAAUCCUCCGGUAUCACGAAAAUGCCCUGGCAAAUCUUCACGCAUACUUCCUACAAGUAAAUCCCUCAGCGGCCGUCGAGUUAGCCAAGACAAUUCGUAAGUCUUCACCUGUUUGGGACUUUUUGUAGCUGACCCUACUGAAUUCGCGUUUCCAUAAGCGUAAAUGGCCUGGUGACAACUAGUAACCUCUCCCACUGUGGUCAUUUUUCACUGAACGUAAUGAAAGACUAACCGGCGUCUGUUUUAGAGCUGUUUUGCUAUUAUCUACUCUAAGUAACUUUAGCAGACAGUGGUGAAAGGUCCAUAAGUCAGUUUAUCGUUUAAAAUUAUAACAUGUUUCAUUUGUUGGCGUCUUCAUAUAUCCUUGUCAUACAGCGUGCAGAAUAUGGUAAUAAUGUGACGUAAAUGUCCUGCAUUUUAUAUCUCACAAACGCAGCCUUCAUUUGGGGCAUUUUCCAUAACGGCUCAUAAUAUGUCUGGCUUCGGUGCAUACCUCUCUCCCCGUACGUAGUUUUUAGGCUGUUUGAUAGUCUAAGGCUCAUUGAUCCUUUAUAUUUCCCCACAGACAAAAGUCGGGUGCUGGUAAAUCGGACAAACCUGGGGGCUAAUUAAUAGCUGAAUGCCACCACAUCAUUCACCCCUCAAAAAUUGGCCUUAUUAGUCGCUUGCUGGUUUUGGAUGUGUUUCAGGCCUGCCUUUCGCUGCAGGACAUGCAAAUUUGUUCAAAACCGCUCAAUAUUUGUGGCCAGUCAACGUCACUGUCUUACCAUUUUCCUCCUAAAAAGCAGGGUUUGGCUACCUUCGCACCCAACCUAACCGUCAGAGAGUGUGAUUCGUGUUGAUGGAUGACCCUCUGAUUCCGCAUGCAUCAUCAAAACCCAGUAUUUUUAUUAUGCACAAAGCCGUUUAAACGAAAGUGUGCUUAAAUUUCCAUGGCAUGGAAAUAACGCAUGUCUACUCUCUGCAUUAGAAUUACGGAGGAGAGCUUCUAGAGUUAAAAUUCGAUGUUUUUCGCGUUCUUCGUCGUAAAUUUUUCCAUCAUCGAUUUCCGGGGAAGAAGCAUUCAACAUCUGUAAUAAAAAUUUAAAAAAUAAUAGCAGACUCUCAUGAUGUCACUUGGUCAAUGUAAUCCUAUCUUUUAUGGUUCGUCCUGCGUAUAUUACUGACUUGCGCCGCAUUCUGGCCAUAAAAGCUGACCAAGUUCCCCGUAACGUCAGUAACACCACAACACCGUCCCAUUGAACUCCUUUUACUUAAAUUAUUAUCCGAGAACUCUCACCUUUGCAAGGCUGACAACCAGAGUGUCCCUAAAAGAAUGCAUAAAGCUAGAAUAAUCCAAUUAGACGUGCCUGCCGUAGCGAGAAUGAUCGCGUACCUUUUGAAGCAAUGCCGUUCCUGGGCCUACCCCCUCCGCUUAAUGCCUAUGUAGACAUCAGUCGCUCGCAUCGAUGAUUUCUACAACAGAAGCAACAACAACAAAAACAACAACGCCAACCUGUUCCACUAAUUACGCAUUUAAGUCUAAGGCUGUGCUCGUCUUACGCCUCCAGGCACUGCCACCGAUCAGUGCAGUACUUAUUGUGUCAUUACUGCAACCAAAUGCAUCGCCACGUGAAGAUGACCAUUAUCGCUUGUGACGACUUUGAAAACGCAAACAUUCCCGGCAACAAGAAGUAUUGUGGAUUGUCACUUCGUUCCGGAAUUCUGACCAUGGGCGCCAGGGCGCCAGGGCGCCACUUUGUGUUCCGCAGAACUCCUGUCCCGAGCAUAAAUGGCCUCUCUUUUGACUCAAGUUAGUUCCAGACAGGUCCAGGGGUAUUCUGUUAAAGCAUGAUGAUUUCUGCUAAAGACAUUUAGCUCUUGUAUCAACUCCGGUAAUUUAGUACGAGAACACAUUACCCACAGGACAUUUGCUAAGAAAUGAGAUGCAUCUCCAACUAUCUCUAUUCUUUGCACAACCAAUCACCGAACGCGCAGAACUCCAGACAACGUGCAGACGACACCAUCUCGCGUUCCCAUGCGCUGUCUGUGGCUCCAUUGUGAAGUUCAGUGGGUAGUGCGAGAAAUCGUACAACCUCAGGACCUCAGUUUGCACUCACUAGCAUCGUUUUCCUCCUUCCCCCCAAACUCCACUUUUUGUCCCCGUUCAACCGUCCCCAGGUCUUUCCAGCCUACUGUCAUCCGUAGCGAUAAUUUCCUGCCCAUUAACAACAAAUAUCUGAUAGUUUCAAGUGGGCACAACCACCAGUUGAAGUGCGUUCUGCCUGCGGGUUUUCCGUGUACGUCAAAAUAUGCAACUAUGACGUCCUCUGUCACGUGUGUGUGCGUGUGCGUGUGUGUGUGUGCGUGCGUGCGUGCGUGUGCAAGUCCCUCUAACAGCGGCGGUGGUUGUGCACCGAGCCUUAUACCGCUAUUCUAUGCAUAUUAGCAGCACACACACACACGCGCACACAUCGAGACUUGGCAUAUUCUCCGUCUUUUGGCUCCGCUUAAGCGCAUUACUUCACUCGCACGUGUGCCGAUGCUGCUGCUGCUGCUGCCGCUGCACACACGGCCUUGGCGCGCGCUCUGCGUUCAUUUAUCGGCCGUUUUUGGUGGACUGUAUGAAGCUGCGCCUCAUUGUCGUGGUAAGUGCGGAUAAGCAGACGCGAUCAGACGCUCGUCAUCACACGACGCAAUCGCGCGCGCGCGCGUCCGCGUUCACACAACCACCUGGUAGCGCCUUUUCAGCGUUGGCACCACCCACCCACUCACCCUCUCUCUCUCUCGUCACGACUGCGUCUCGCGAGCUAACUAGCCACUUGCCCAUGCCGUGCUUUUGGAUGGCAGGUCAUCAAGCCUCCCGUGCAUCAGUGUGCAUGUGUGUGCAUUGGCUGUCGGUGCUUACGCGCCAUCCUUCUUACGACAACCGAUAGGAGGAGAGGUGAGGAUCAUCCGCGCUCGCACACACAGAGUUUUUGCACCAGUCUUCACCCUUCCUUUGAGACCUGUUGACGAAAAACGAGGGAGUCGGAUGAGGUAAUUUACGCUCCCUUUGCCGUUGGUAGCCACCAAUAGUCUAGUCCCCGACCCUCAAUUGAGAAUGGACAACCGAUUGCUGAGGCACGUGACCAUGCUCCACCGAUUGCGGCCACUGUUUUCGCUCUGUACCCCAAAGUAGAGCAUUCGAUCUGAAUUGCGCUUCGAGUCAGUCUAAGAACCUCGUAGGCGUUGGGUUCUCGGCGACCUUCCACGGGUGGUGAACACAGGAUGACUGGAUUAUCCAUUUAUGGAGUAUGAAUGCUGCCAAAAAAUGACCCGCCCCCACCUCAAAUAUGGUAAAACUGUCACCUUUAGAUGCGCACAGUCAUUGAAGUAACUGUCUUUCAUUUUAACUACAAAACUGUGAGAAGAGGAAGGAUGGAUACGGCGAUCACAAUUAACACCAAACGUACACCUUGGCAUCCCUUUAUACAGAACUUCAUAUUUUCGCUUCAUGGCGCCACUGCCGCCCCACCACUCCUUCGUGGCACAACUUUGAUCGGCCGAUUGCCAUAUUUGGCGGCUAUUUCGUUGCUGGUCUGGGUCGAAGCAGCCCUCAGGCUUAGAAUUUGACGUAGACCCUGCCCGGUCGAUUUUUCGUCUUCGAUAAUCCCAUACACGUGGAUUUAAGUCCUGAGAUUGCGCCGAGCACAGAAGCGUUCGCAUUCUGUUAGCCAUUCUGGGGGCUUUAACAGUUCUCGCCUGAUGGAGAGACGUGAUGCCAUCUUGCAACCAAACAUUUUCCACUCCGGUUGGUGGGCUUACUAAUAGGCGUUCUUACAGUGCUGGAGGUAUUGCUUGCAGCUAGCGUUUCGGUGUAGUAUAACGAGUCCGUAUCUAUCGUUUGUCCGGAUUUCCCUCUGACAGUUCGAUCAUCGCAAGUGACGGCGUCCACCGCGUGCCCCACAGAGUGGGUGAAUGCGCGUGAAUUAGUUUAUUGUGACGCAGACUUGCACAGCAUCUACCACACCCUCCCCCUGGCGCACUUUGCUCCGAUGUCAAGACGGGCGGUGGGCUCGGACGCGGCGGUUGACAAAGUCAAAUGGCCCGUCUACGCGUGCCACUUACGACUCUCACAGCAUGCAUUGGGUUUCUGCAGGGGAUGGCUCAGAAAAAAAGCCACACUAAGGGCCGAUUUCGGCUUGACUUUCAAUUCAAAGGGAAAUCGAGUCAUCCCGUUAAAUGGCGACCUUUUAGGCCAUGAUUAUUAGCACGCCGUGAUAGACUCACGCACGCCAGACUUACUAUAGUGGGAAUGCGCUGAGUUGCUAUGAAGAUGGAUUCACCACUGUUAGCCUCGCUGUCCCUUCUGUCCUGCACCAGUCGACUGUCCGAACUUAUAAACAUCUGGUGAUGAGCCUGCGUGUAGUGGCUGAAGUGGCGUGGAGACCAACGUCUAAGGCGUUAUGGGCUUACGUGGCUGUGCGACCUGACCCAGUUUUGAUCCAGCUCAUCUGCAGCGCAGCCAUUUGUUGGGGCCACGUAUUGCCCUCCACAAGUUCUGUCACCCUCUGGACAAUUGAACCUAAACUGCGGUAUGGGUAAAGCUCAUUACUACUUUUCGUCAGUCCUCCAAACUGAACUGGUAUUCGUUAGCACAGGUUAAUUUAUUACUAUUGCACAGCAUAGCAUCGGACAUGUCUCAUCAUCAACCUAAGUCAUGCCUUCCAGUGAACAGAAUUUAACACGGACGUCUGAUUCUAGAACCAAGUGCCGCUGCUGUUGCUCACUGGGCGGUUUUUCUCACAUCCGUAGGUAUCGAAGCGCGCAAGUCAGUUGAUAAUUCACGGGAAAUCACAUAUAACUUGGAAGCGGACUCUGACGUAUCGAGAAAACCACAUAUAUUUAAGAAGUGAACGACCUUAAGUAAAAAAAGGAAACGUACGGCAUUGACAGUGGCGUUACGUGCGUCUCCCUGGUGGAGAGCACAUGUGCGGACAAUAAAUACACAAUGGUAUCGUUAACGCAAUUCCCAUCAGUUUAAGGCUGAUGCGAACAGAUGAUUAUAACAGAACUCAACCGAUGUUGAAAAGCUGUUCUUGCCAAUCUGGGGUUUAGUUGUCCCCUAAGAAAGGGCGUAGUGGGCAGUGAGUAACAUCAUGAAAUCAUGCCCUGACGUAGGGAAAAGGGACACCAUGUCGCGAGUAUUCCGUAUCCUUGUUCACGCAAUUUUCAUUGAGGCAAAAUAAGUUAUUGCCUGUCGAUCUUAUUACUUGCUUAUAGUGGUACCUAAUUCCACAAAUCCUCAAGUCGAAGCAUGUGAAACUCAUAGCCUCCCUCGUAUCACAAAAAGGAUGUGCUUGUUCAUAAGUGGUCUCAUCUGAUUUUUGCUGAAAAAAAUCAGUUUUCCGCCACAGGGGGCCUGAUGUAAACGUCUCCUACUUGCUUUGAGACUCUUGUACAACAGGACCCGUACAGACACACAACGCUGGUGUGUGACAUAGCAGCAUAGGAAAUUACCUUGAUGCAAUGAAACACCGGUUUUUGCGCGGGAUGUUCUGCCUUUUGAUAAAGUAACUGAAAGACAGAGUAUGCUUCAGAAAAGUCUUUUGCAUUACAUGAAUACGAAUUGAAGAUAACAUCCCAUACGCUUCCCACUGAUCACCCGGAUUUCAGUCGCCACAUUUCGUGACUUCCGUCACCUGCUAUGCACUAUUGUAGUCUGUCGACUUCAAUUGUUAGCACAGUUUUGCUAAGCAUAGUGGAUUGUGUUCUGACCUUUUAUCCGUCUCGGUAAACUUUCGCAAAAAUGGUUGAUGUCCCGGUUUGGAAAACCGGGAAAAUAAAAAUUACCGUGUUUAUGCGUGGGGAUGCCUUCCGUUGACAAAAAAUUGUAAUGCAUAUAAAGGACGAAACGACGAGGGCUCCUUAACGGUUUCUACCAACUCAAUACCCUUUGCACGUGUUUCGCUAGCGUUGCGGCUGUCGUUUUUCAUGACCUAUUCCUUUGCAUCUUCUCAGUCUUGCAUGAGGAUGGACCUAUUAAUCCAUGAUGAAUAAUUUGGCCACCUGAUCCAGUACCUGCAACAGGCUCUUCUACGCUCGCAAGAGUAGUUUCAGUUGAUCCCAAGAAUGUUGACACCACUGCCUUUACCUCUCCAACAGGACUGAUGUCGGUUUGUGAUUAUGCUUCACAAGCCCUUACCUUUCACUCAAAACGCUACCUUCAGAAACGCUGUACUCUCAUUUCAAAAGGUUUUAAUGCGGGUUGAACAACCUAUUGGAUGAAUCUUGUUUGUCCUAAGAGGAGAUAAAUUCUGACAAGACCUCUCGCCACACGUCGGCCAUCCUGUAGCAUAAAUGACCGGUGUGACAGAGCUAUUGCCACAUUUUAGGGUGAAAGCUUUUGAGUAUUUACGAGUAAAAAUUUUCCAAGCUGGGAAGCACUCCUGAUUUCUCGAAAAAAAUACUCUGGGCCUCCUGCCCCACCUGAUUUACGUGAAUCAAAACCCACUCUCGCAGUCGCAGAAGUGUUUUGCUUUACAUGUUCCGCUCAUUUUAAUACCUCCUCACAAAUGAAUGCGCACAAGUGUGUUGGCUUAGUCUGCAGCAGUUAUUGCCACAGAAAGUCCUCUUAGGACGAAGGCAAGUACCUCCAGAGUUAAUUGAUUAAAAAAGAGGAUAUUUGCGGCGAACAUUGGCGUGUGCGAGAACGUUUUUUAUGCCUAACGUAAGGCUAAUAAAUAUAAUUAACGACUUUAGAGGAGCCUCUAACGACUACCGGAGUUUAUUUCUCCGUGUUUAUCGGUUUUCUCUCCUACUUUAUAUGCCAAAAGCAGACUUAUUCUCGGCGAACGCAUCGUUAGCUGUAGACAGGAUAGCAUUAUCGACAAAUACAAGGGAGACUGGAAUGGCCAUUUCUGGCUUAUUAGCCGUCGUCAGCCAAUCAUACGCAGACCCGAAGUGUGGAACACAUAGGGCUUUAUCCCGCGACCUGUUAGUUAUGAGUCUAACGCCUCUAACCACUGAGCCACGGACUCGUCCUGUCGGUUGCGGUCGGGAAUGUACAAUGGUAGAGGGGCGCUCGCCGAUCGUUUUUACGGAACCUACUCGUCCCGUUGUGCCUUACGGACUCUCUCUCACUCUCGAGCCCAACCAGCAGCCGCACAGCGGCGCAUGAUACAGGCGCAUGAUACUCUGCCUAUAUCAUGCGCAGCUGUGCGGCUGUUAGUUGGGCUCGGGAGAGAGCCCUAAGACACAACGGGACGAGUAAGUUCCGUAACACGAUCGGUGAGCGCCCCUCCACCACCGUUAACUGUGCCUACUUCAUUUACCACUGCAUAUCAGCAAGAAUUGCAUCCCAAAGAAGAAGUCGAAUAUCAAAAGGCUCGUUUUGUGGUUUUUUUACCGUCUCAGCCAACUGUACCAUAUACGGUUCGGACAGUGAGGAUGUCUGAAUAUCAGCCAGUCGUUGGCGCGACGCAAUUCCUCGUUGGAACAAGAGCUAUUGAAAUGUCUUGUGUCGCUUAGUGUCUAGCCGGGUCGCGUAGCUUCAACGGUAUAGUAAGCCUUGAUUGACCUCUGAAGACGAGCUAUUGACGAUUUAAGCAACUGCCGGCGACUUCUACAGUUUAAAUACAAGAAGAUCAAACUUUCAUUCGCCGACCCAGAAAUUGGCGUUUUGUGGUCUUCACAACUUUGUUUGUGGUAUCGAAGCCUUGUUACGGGCGUUGGACUUGCGCAGCACCGCCAGCCGAUAUCUUGAACACGAAACCUUCUGCUACGGGUGAAACAACUAGAAAGAGUCUGCUUAUGCCCUUGCAGUUUAUCGAUUUCCUUCGUUCUGCGCGGUCUGUGCUCGUGUAGCGGCCGAGUAGGGUUGGGCUCUGGAAGGCUCGUGAUGGCCUGACGCUGAACACGAUGGCUUGGGAUCUUUCUGAUGGGAAGUCAGGGAAAACUCCUCUAAAAGUUGGGUUACUCCGUCAUACACGCUGACAAAGGAUAGGGGCGGCGUAGACAUAAUAGCAAUGGUUGAACUGGAUGUAAAGGUUUAUUAAGGAAAUGUUAUCUGGAUCGGUAGAAAAAUAGAUUUGGGACAGACUACUCUAAAAAAAUAGAAACAGUGUGUACAAGUUAGUCAAACAAAUGCGAGAAUACGACUUGAUUUGGUGAACCGAUAAACGAGGUUAGCGGAGAAGGGUGAUUAGUUACGGAAUAAACGAUACGUAUAACGAAUGAUCAGUUCUGGGGUAUGCAAACAGUAACGAAUAGGGACUUAGCGGCGAGUUCGUCGAUAGGCGGCGGCUCGUGUCCACGUAACCCGGAUUCUGAAAAGGGAGGGCGGGAAGCAAAAAGAUCCGUUUAAAACAAUCGGUCGUUACACUCGUGCAUUGCAGUGACCUGGCAUUUCAGCGAAGUCUGGCUGCAUGACCGACACUGACAAGUUGGACAUUUCAAACUGGCAGCUGUUUUAUUCGCAUCCGUUUUCGCGUGCUUUUGGUUAGUUAGAAAAAACCAUAAUCUACUGAACCGCUUUAGAUUCUACCCGGGCUAUCGGGCUAUUUUGCGGUAUCAAGAGUAAGCUGUGAAGGCAUUUUCUUGAUUGUGGUACACAGAAGUUAUCUAUAACACAGGUCGCAUCACAGUCGGCUGCUGCGUUAUUCACAUGUUUGGCAUUCCCAAUAUCUACAAAAUGUUGUUUUCGCUAAAGUCCAACAUCGACUGAGGUAACGGCCACAGGACAUCUGGAAAGAAGUAGCUCAGUGUGGUUACAUAGACUUGUAGGGAAAUUUCAAUUGUGUUGCAUUUCUCUCGUUUCAAUUGGGUGGAGUUUCACGGUUGCGCGAACUCCAGCGGUCAGAUUCAAAUCUUUAGUCCGAAAUUCACCCCACAAAGCGACUUUAUUUUCAGGAACGUGGUUUCGACUGGUUACGGGGCUAACAUUUGGUAACCUGUCUUUGACCUGUUGAUAAUACCUCCCUGCUUAUAGUAAUUGUCACCCACUUCGACGCCAAUUUCGAGGCAUGCUUUGUACACUAGUUUUCGUCUGUAAUCCAUGCCUUUACAUUCUUUUCUCUCCUGGAUUCCCUCAAAGACGCUGAUCCAAACGGUACCUCAGGCAGGCUAUGUGCCGAGCCGGCGCUGACUUCAGACGUCCAUUUGUCAUUUGACAACAAACCCGCUCGACCAAAUUCCCUUUCCCUUCCCGAUCACGCCGACAAGUCAGUUGAAACAAGCAAUGAAUUCAGAAUUCAAAGGGAUGUCGUCGAGGUUGUAGGAGCCGAUAGUUCUGACGCACAUUCCUCUCCUACGGUGUCUAGCAAUGGCCCAAGUAUCUCUCCCGCGUCGGAAAUCGCCAGCUCUAAUACGGAGGAAGUCAUGACACUCAGAGGUAAUCCAUUAUUAUGUCCGACUGAGUUCUUGGUUAAAGUUGCCGGCCUCCACUUAUUUUUAAUAGACACACUGUCAUUGUACUGUGUUCUAGUCAUGGGCCUCGAGCCUAUUGGGACGAGCACUGCUAUUUACGGUACGGGCACGAAAUGGGGUAAUUUUAUUUUUCGUUAGGUUUAUUUUUUCGAACAAUUAAUACGGAGGACUGAUCUCAACAGGGUCUAGCGCAGGUUCCUCACAACUCACUCCACUGUAUGGCCGCCAUAGCUGCAGUAAGCUCCGGCGGUGUUGUAAGGUUUCGGUUAUCGAGGUAUAAGGUGUCUUAAAAUUACUUCCACAACUGCAUUGAGCAACAUCGCGUCUGUUAUUUACAGACCCAAUGCACAUGUAACGCCAUUUUUCGGACACUGUAUCUAUUAAGGUAGUGAAACGUGAGGAGAGUGGUACAAACGGAAUAUCGUCUGAGAUGGUCAACCAGCAAUGACAUGGUAGAUCGGUAUAGUUAGGCUGUGUGCCUUACUUCAAAUUAAAAAAAGAGGAUGAUCAACCUACUUGAUUGGUUCCGUAGUUGUAUUAGAAGGAUGCUCCUGAUGCUACGCACGUCACAUACAUACACUUUUUUCACUUACCAGAAGUAUUUGUCUUCUCUUAUUGGUUUUCUGCCUAAUCUGUACUUAAACCUCACUUAUUUUUCUAUAGAGUCCAUGCGCCUCGCCGUCGAGCAGAUUAAUCACUAUAAGGCCAUAAUUGCGGAUCUGGAAGCAUCAGGUAGCGUGCCCUUUAUGUGUUUUCGUUAA